UCCAAGCAGAUCCCUAUCCAUUUAUAGCCAGAGAAAGGUCGCCGGCCACCGACGGGUGGGGGUACCGACAAAAAGGGCCAUAUAUAAAAAAAAUUAACGAUCAUUCCCCCACAACCUCUGCUUGUAGAGUAGAUGCUGAGCACGAGGACAUCAAGGGCAAUCAAGAUGUAAAUUUCCCGCCAGAUUCUAUGCGCAAAGCAUGCCGGUCCCAGGUCUUGUCAGCCGUGUCCGGGAGUGUUCGCUGUCGUCUGCAACCCAAGGGGGAUUCUGGAUUGGGCUCGUAUAAUUUUCUCGUUUUUAGGUUAUCGUUCAAAACCCACAACAUGUUCCGCAGGAAACUCGCAGCUCUAGAAUACCACCAACCGAACAGUUUUAACAUUGCAGAUGAGGCACAAUUCCGAAAUAUGAUAGUUUGGCUUGAGGACCAGAAGGUGCGACACUACAAAAUAGAAGACAGAGCAAAUCUACGUAACAUUCAGAGUGCAGACUGGCCAACAGCAUUCAAACAGUAUUUAGAGGAGCUAGCAUGUCCUGUUAACCAUGGAGACAAAAGUGCUGUGAUGGACUGGCUGCUGGGUUAUGCUGUGAGGCUGGAGUAUGGUGAUAAUGUGGAAAAGUACAGACAAGUGAAGGCAGCCAGUGUUCAAAAGACUCCCAUGCCAGCACCCAGCGCAGAUGUCCUGGGCAGCAUAGAUCCAAGCAGUGCAGACUUCAGAGCAGGUGUGGCUUCACUGGCCCAACUCUUACAGAUCCCCCAACAUGAAGACCAACUCAUGUUACUUAAGGCCAUACGUAAGCUUAUACAGGAAAAACUGUCCAAAGAAGCAAUUGCUGAAUCACAGAACAAGAAGACUGAGGGGGUUCCCAUCCUUCUGCAGGACCUAGAUGCUGGUUUUGACACAGGAGAUCCUGCUGUGAAUGAGGCUGCUAAGAUCUUGCGGCUGCUUCACAUCCAUGAGCUGAGGGAUCUGCAGACUAAGAUCAACGAGGCCAUCGUGUCCGUUCAGGCCAUCACGGCAAACCCCAAGACAGACCAGGCUCUGGGGAAGGUGGGCAGGUGAUGUAGCUGGACAGGUGUUGCUGUGCGCACCUGCAUCACAACCCAGCAGCUGUCUUACAAAGACAACAGCAAUGGUACUAACAGACUUGUAAAGCAACUGCAACCUUAUACGACAGUAAUAGUCACAGCAGCUUUGAGGAUACUGGCAGUCAAAGGUUUCACGAGAUCAUAGUCAAUCAGACUGUACUUUAAGGCCCUUUCACGUGCAAACUCUUUGGGUCAUAAAUGUAUGAAUUGGGUCAUAAAUGUAUGAAUGGACUGUCACUGGAACUAGAGAGGUAACUUUGAAAGUUGCAAAGUGUGUCUAGUGUCAACCAAUUAACUAGUUGUUGUACAACUAGAAAUGUUCUUAGUCCAUUGACCUCUUGUACAAUGUAUGUGAGAGGGGUUUAAGUCUCAUAAUUAAAUCUUGU